UACUGUCAAACGUUGAUAAACAUUCGAUGCCAUUUUGCAGUAAAUGCGUCGUAUAGUAGUUGAAAGUUACUUCCAACCAAUUUAAGAAAAAUAAAUGAUCUAGUGUUUAGUGCUAAUUAAUGCUAAUAUUAUAUUUUAUAUGUAAACGUUAACGUUUGUGGAUUUUACUGUGGUUUAGUGAGUGCAGUUAACAGUGAAAAUGUCUACGAGCGCCAGUGACCACGAUAUGAGCGAUUCCUCCAGCUCUCCAAUGUCUUACAUUCGUUAUUCUCCGCACAGUUCUCCAUCUCAGCAAGUUCCUCAACUCGCUUCUGAUCUUACUGAGUUAACUUGUGCGGACAAUAAAAGACAGUUUCUCAGAAAUGCCAACAAACCAUGUCUGCGUAUUACGGAACAACCUCAGAACCACUUCAGGUUUCGAUAUGUGAGCGAGAUGGUGGGAACUCAUGGAUGUCUUCUAGGAAAGUCUUAUGGGACCAACAAAACGAAGACUCAUCCAACAGUGGAGCUACUCAACUACACUGGAAAAGCUCUUAUAAGAUGUCGUUUGGCUCAACAUAACAACACAGAGGAGCAUCCUCACAAAUUACUUGAAGAUGAACAGGACAGAGACAUGAGUUGCCUAGUACCUGAUCAGGGAAGCUAUAAAGUCAGGUUCGGUGGUAUCGGUAUCAUACAUACAGCGAAAAAGGAUGUCGCUGCACUUUUAUUCAAGAAAUACUCUCAACAAUGCAAGAAUACCAAUAUGAACUUAAAAGACCUUCAAGUGCAAUGCGAGAGUAUGGCCCGGACUAUUAACUUAAACAUAGUUCGCUUGAAAUUCAGUGCACAUGACGUAGUUACCGGCCAAGAAAUUUGUGAACCUGUUUUUUCCGAACCUAUUCAUAAUAUGAAGAGUGCUGCGACUAACGAUUUAAGAAUCUGUCGUAUAAGUCGGUCGUCCGGAAUUGCUUCUGGCGGCGAAGAUGUCUUCAUACUGGUGGAAAAAGUUAAUAAGAAAAACAUAAUGAUUCGAUUCUUCGAGUUGGAUGAAAACGGAGAAAGAGGUUGGACCAAUGUUGGGCGAUUUGUGCAAAGCGAUGUUCAUCACCAAUACGCAAUCGUCUUUCGUACUCCUCCAUACAAAAAUCCUGAGACGCCUGUCGAUGUGGAGGUGUAUAUCGAACUGGUUCGUCCAUCGGACGGCCGUACCAGUGAACCGAAGCAAUUCAAGUACAGAGCCAACCAAGCGUACAAACAGAUCAAGAAGAGGAAGACUGGAUCUUCCUACUGUUCUAUUGGCAGCUCAUCUAGUGGAUCGUUGAAAAGUGGUUGCGACAUUCCCAUAUCUGUUGUCAAUCAUCAACCAGAAGAAGUUCCCAUGGAUCGCGAGCCACCGGUGCCAUCGUCGAUGUAUGUUUUACCCCAGGUGCAUGAUUCGACGACACCAAACCAAUGUGAUUUGGCCAGUGCUUUGUACUCUGCUCCUGGUUCGGAGACGAGUCAGUCUCCUAUAUCGAGUCCGAUGUGGAGUGAGCCUCACAGCGUGAUGCUGCCGAUGUCGCCCAUCGCCAACCUUCAGCUCAACUCCGCUGACUUCGAACAGAUCACAGUACCCACCAGCAAUGACCCGCAGCCCCCCCAGGUUCCAGAAGAUAUCAAACACUUUUUGAACGAAUACAUGAGGAGCUACGGUGAAAGUUUACCUGAUGAAAGAAGCAGUAUGGACUUCAUUCGUACCCUGCUGUUAGCUGACUCCGGACGACCAAAGCAAGAGAAGAACAAUACACGUUUGCAAGGAGACAGGAUGCAGCAACCCGCGCGUAGCCCGAGCAAGACCCCAGAAAUUAAACCCAAGACCGAGUACCCAGCCUUCUAUAAGACAGAAGAUGGAAUCGAAGUUAAAAAGCUGGUGAAAGAUAUUUGUGAAAUGAUUAGAAACAAGAAAGGUUUCAAAAAAGCAGAAGUUAAAAAUCGUUUGGAAAGAUUAUUUGAAAUUCGAUUGUCGAAUGGUGACACGUUCCUUCACAUGACUCUAUGCAGUAACCAGCCGAGUUUAGAGUACAUAGUGAAGAUUAUUCAUAGCGUGAAAGCAACGCACCUUCUUGACUUCGCCAAUGAGAGACAGCAGACGCCAUUGCACCUCGCCGUUGUCAACGACAUGCCCAAAAUGGUCACCUUGUUCGUUUCCAAAGGUUCAAAUCCAAUGUUGAAAGAUGACGAAGACCUAAACGUGAUCCACUACGCGGUGAAAUACAAGUCGUGCCUCGAGACUUUACUCGACACCAUCAAGAAGAACAAUGUGCCUUGUAACUUGAAUGAGUACAAUGGAGAGAAGCAGACGGCGCUGCACAUGGCGGUGGUGUCCGGCUGGGAGCUGGGCGCGCGCCUACUACUGCAGCAUGGCGCCAGCGCCAGCGCGCGCGACGCAGACGGACGCACGCCGCUGCACCUCGCCGCGUACGACGACCGCCUCGCCGUCAUGCGGAUACUGCUCGACUUUAUACCUUCUAGCGAAAUCGACGUUAUGGACGGCGCUGGUAACACUGCUCUUCAAAUCGUCUGCGGAGGUACCACGAUCAGGGAGAACACUGUUGAAAUCGCUCGGCUUCUACUGGAAAAGAAGGCUUAUCCUCUAAAACACGAGGAUAGCAACGAAUCUGCUUGGGCACUCGUGAAGAAGAAGCCAGAACUUCGUGAGCUGAUGAAAGCUUAUGUCAACAUGGAGUACAUGGACGAAGAUGACAUUAAAUCCGAACCUGAUGAUGACUUCGAAUCUGCUGAUGAAGGCGAUUAUUCCGACAACGGUCUGCAGGAGUUGAACCAGUACGCGCGCGAGGUGUCGGUGCUGGUGGACGUGUCGGGCGCGUGGCGCGUGCUGGCGCAGCGCCUGCGGCUCGACUCGCUCCUGGACUGGUACGCCGCGCAGGCAAGCCCCACCUUCACACUGCUAAAUCACCUUAAGGAUUCCCGUGAUGACAUAUCGUCCAAAUCGCUAGCAAUGAUCCUUGAAGAUAUAGGUCAGACCGAAGCUGCCAAUGUUAUUAGAAGGUACAUUGAUUGACAGGAGGUACUCUCUGAUAGUGAUUGUCCAUAGUUAAUAAGAAUUAUUAUUAAUUAGUUAUUGUUAAAAAUAUUUUUAUACAACUUGUCCUAAGCCUCAAAUGUACAUAAAGGAGAUGCUAGACUGUCCAAUAUGUAUUCUUGAGUUUAUGUAAGAGUUAAAAGACAUUCAGACUUAAAACAAGAACUAUGUUGGAGCAAUAAUUAUUACAAGACUUGCAUUUUUGCUACUAUUGUAAGCAUGUAGUUGCUUAGACGAUUUAGUAUAUUAAAAUAUUCUGACCCAAUAACAACUUUAUUCGUUUGUAAUAAAGUUCAAUGUCUUAUUAUAACUGUCGAUCGACUUACGAUCACUUGCACAUCAAUUUUAAACAUCAACGUUCAAUCUCUGUAAAUUUAAUUACUAUCAAAUCGAUAAUGUUUUACAAUUGUAUUCUAAUCAAUACUGUAAAUGUUUUUACAUAUUUUCAUAAGACAACGAUCUUUCUUCCUUUCUUUCUCUCCUUUUUUCUAACCAAAGUGACACAUUAUUGAAUUAAGCAGUUUGUUAAACAGCUUAAACAACAUUAAUAAUAAUGUUUCUUAAUAGUACAGUAAUUAAUUUUAAGUGUAACAGUUCAUAAAUGUGUAUUGCUUUAUUAUGAAUUUUAUGAGAUCAUAAGCAAUCUAAGUGUUAAAAAGUAAACAAAGUGAGGCAGUACGAGACACUUUUGAAAGAAACUAGCGAUGGUAUUAAAAAAAAACAAUAAAAAAAUCCUUAAGUAAAUUCAUUCACUAAAGAAAAGAAAUGAAAUAAAUAUCUCCCUCAAUCCAUAGACCUCUAUUGCUCAUUCAUUUAGAAUGUAAUUUGAUUGCCUUUUAGUUUUAUAGAAAUAAUGCGAAAAUUUAAUUAGGCAAAUGUGCUAUAAUAGUAUUAAGUGGUUCUUUAUUAUAAUUACGUUAUUAUUACAUUUUAGUGCAGCGACACCCAAGUACACUAGAUAACUUAAAGUUUCUAUUGAUGUGCUUGAUGAAUUUUACUCAUAAAAAACAUGUUUUAAUUGACCAAAGUUGUGACGUAUAUAAUAAGUCUACUCAUGAAAAUGCUGUUUGAAAACUGUGACAUUGCCUUUGAAAAAGGUAACUUACCUGCAGUAUAUACUUAAUAAUCUGGUUCAGCUUUUUAUAUAUAGCUUAGCUACCCUUAGUACGAGUUUGCUUUACGUUGAAUGAAAACGAAACGAGACCGCGUUCGGCGCUCUGAUUGGCCGGCGCUAAUGAACCAACCAAUCAGACCGCCGAACACGAAAAUGACAGUAGUUUUAUAAUUGUAAUAGAUUAUUUUUCAAUAGCAUUCAUUUUAAUUAUGUACUUAUAAUCAUCAUCAUGUCAGCUACAAGAUAUAAACUGAACGUAAACCUCUUCCAAUGACUUCCAAAUCAACCUUUCUACUUAUAAUCUUUUUUAUAUGAACUUAAUUUGCUACGUCACAUACUGAAGUCCGAUAAUAUUAAGUUAGCUAUAAGUUUUCCCAUUGCUUGUAAAAGAUAUGAAAAGUGUGUAAUCGAUUCCAAGUAGAUUGUAUUGGAGUUACAAUUGUCUUUCUGUGAUAAUUUAAAUCUACUUGGAUUCUUAUAAGCACUUUUUUUUGUUAUGCUAUUUUUGGUUGUUAUUUUUAAGUGUGUUCCAAAUGUUCGUAGUGUUGUAAUGUUCCGAUCAGUGUUUGUUUACAUAUCUUGUAUUCUGGAUAUUUACUACAAUGCCAAAAGUUACUUCCAUUCAAAAAAAGAUGAAAAUACAAAUGUUACUAAAACUACAGUGUGAUGCAAGAAAACUAUAUUUUCAAUCUAAUCUAAGUCCUGAUAAUGUUUAUGUUUGUAAAAUGCAAAAUCUAAGAAUUGUUAAAAUUUGAAAUGAAAUACUGAAAUUAAUUAAAAAUAUUUUUGAUUA